AGUUAAUGGUUUUUGUCGUCGUGUCUCAUCCAUGGAAAUAUGAGUUGUAACGCAUUCGAAAUCUUACACUGAUGAUAUUACUAACCGUUGUCUACUGUUUUCAUUUACAAACCAUAUUUCCCAACUGAGUCGUUAGAUAACUUUCCCUCUUGUUCUUUUUGCUGACAGACUUUCACACACACUGUUCUCUGUAUCACACCAGAACACUACGUACGUUUAUACGGAACUCAAAUAUGCCAAAGAACAAUGGUUUAAAUAUGAUUUUCAAGCUCUUGACGUUUUUAUCAGUAUCAACGCUUCUGAAUAGUGAAGAUUUUCCGUGCCAUUGCAACAUUAUAAAGAACUAUUGUGAAAGUGGGUGUUGUUGUGAUAGUGACUGUAGUUUCCGGCAGUUUGGACUGUUUACAACUUGUGAAGAAACCUCUAGAAGGUAUACAAAUGUGGCAAUAUUGUCUAGCAUAUUUAGAGAUUCCUUACAACUUUGCAAGGACUUGAUUUCAGAUGGUUUUGAUCAUCCACCAUGCAUUUAUUCUAUAAACAAAAAUGUCAAUUACACAUUGGAAAACGCCGUUAGACUGAAAAACAUCCUAAGUUAUUCAGAUGAUUUUGUUCUCUAUUCGAUAGGUGUUCCAACGCAUAUAAGCUAUGGAGUCAACGAGGUUGGGCCACUGAUCAUUCCUCAACUAAGGCAAACCUCAUGUGAAAUGGUUUCUGUGAGCUUUGGCCAAUCAUUUGUAAGUUACUGUGAAUGGAAUGUGGUAGAAAUUGAAACAACGAAUAAUUUUAGAAUGAAUAAUGUUAAAUGUAACCGCUUGGGUGACGUUUUUCUGAUGGUUAGGAAUUCAAAAAUGCUAAAGAACAUGAAAUUAAAUGAAAUCAAUCGUGAAGAGAUUGUGCCAAUUGUUAUUUGUUACGAACAAAACACUAGCUUACCGAUUUUAUGUCCAACAACAACACCAAACAUUAUUAUCAAUAGCUCAAAUGAAACUAUUUGCUCAGGAGUACCAGUAUCGGUGUAUUUGAAAAUGACAUAUGAAGUAAUUGGUACAAUUAGCCAGUAUGAAGUUCAUGCUUUAAUUGGUAGCGUAACUGGAACAUUUACACAAAAAUAUGAAGUUGAAUUUGUCCAGACAAAUGCAUCCGACGCUUUACCAAUGAGUGGAAAUCCGGGUUAUUUGAUUGGUCGUCCAAUAAUAGGCGCUAAGAUAAAUGUAACUGAUUUAUCGUCGCUUGGAUAUUUAGGAAAUACUGGUUCUGUCACCACUAUAUUGCCUACAUCAAAUAUGAAGUUGUCUAUCAAAGGUGUAAAGCAGCAACUAAGUAAUGGAGUUUGGAAUAUUCUUGCUGGUGGUUCAUGUGGGACAAUUCUACAAGGAAGAGGUCAUUUAGUAGAGCCUAUUAGAUUUGGUGAAGAUGUUUACAGUGGAUGUACAUUAAGUUUAUCAUUUCUUGAACAAUUUACAAGACCUGAAAUGGAUUGGACUACACGUUGUGUACAAUAUCAAAAUAUAAUAUGGGAGAAUUUACUUAAUCCCAUUGGGAUUACAAAUGAAGAAGAUCGUAAAGGUUUAGGCAUAAAUUUCAUGUCAAACAAACCAGAUUUAUUAGCAAUAUGGCCAAUAUCUAAAAUAAAUCGUAGUUCUGAAUGGGUUCCAAUACAAAAUUUAAUUAAUAAUAAUUUUCCAACUACACCAAGAGGCUUGAAUGGCUAUUGUUAUCAAUUACUAAUUGGACAAGAGAUUGAAAUACAAUAUGCACGUUUUGGUUCAAUGAUAUUUCCACAAAAUCAGAUUAUUGGUGCUAAGUGUAAUUAUAUUUAUGGUGAUGUAUUUUUCAUGAAACCUAAUUUCAACAUUGAAAUAACACAACGAGUUCGAUUCACCGACGUGACACCGCUGGCUGAGACUCGGGAAAAAUUACGCCCCUAUUUCCUUGUGCGAUUGCCAAGUGACUUUUUCUAUCCAUUUGCAUAAUAAAAGCAUUGUUUGGUUUGAUUAAAACUCUUUUUUUAAAGGUAUACUUCUGAAUAAAUCCAAAAAUAAAUAUAUUUUUAUAUAAAUUUGAA